GCAGUUACCGUCAGGGACAUUUAGAGUUUACACAUAAACUGUAAUUGAAAGUGGAGAUAUUUUAGCAUAUUUUAUGUCAGCAUGCGACUGAUUUAGCCUUUAAGUCAAACGGAGAGACAAGCAUCGGAUUUUCCUUUUCAGAGACUCGAAUAACAAAGGCCAUCAACAUGAAUUCUGUACUAUCAUCUACAAGAUCCCUCAUGCAAAUGUUUGAGGGCAAAGUACAAGAAUUCACUAGUGACAUUGAAAAUGUCCAUAUGGUUUGGCUUGAGGAGAUCCAGCAAGAGGCCAACCGCAUGUUCUCAAGAGAUUUUAAUGCUGAACCAGAAUUGAUGCCAAAAACGCCAUCACAGAAAAAGAACAGUCGCAGGAAGCGUGUAUCCUUGGGGCGCCAAGAAGAAAAUCAAGCCAGGCGAAGAUUUUCAAAGGGAAAGCGCAGUAACCUUCGUGGCUCCUCUGUCAAAUCACUGAACUUCAUUGCUGAAGAAGGGACCCUUCCUGAGGCCUCCACCUCAGAACCCGACAGCACCACCCAGCCAAAACGCACUACCCGUAAAAACAAACAAAGAAAGUCUGAUGUGGUAGAUGAUGUGAGCCAAUCAAAUGGCAGCUGUGAAACUGAGGAGGUGCAGAACAAGAAGCCGGAGCUGGUAAAGGAUGAAGAGGUGGAUGAACAUACCGAGGUGAACAGUGCAGAGGAAGAGCAGGACUCCAACUCUAACCAGUCACCAGCUAAGAUACCCUCACCUGAGGUUGUUGUCAGCAUCUCCCAAUCAGACCGCUUGUCUGCUGAGUUGGCUAAAAAGCUGCAGGCCUCUCCUGGCCGUACAGCUGCUAAGAUUGCAAUAGCUGGCACGGCUCAAGGCGCACGGCGGAGCUCUGUGCGAUGCUCCCUAAAGCUACGUCACUCGCUGGCUGGUCUGCGGCAUAGUAUGACACAGGAGUCUAUCCGCCGUGCCUCACGCCGCUCCAUGCUGAAGAGGAAGGUUUCUCACAUGAGUAACUCCACAUGUAGCAGCAAUGCUGAUGUAGAGGACUCUGGACAGGACUCAGCAGAAGAAGAUGAAAGAGAGGCCAUGUUAGAAACCGAAAGUGCAGACGCAGAGGAUAAUGCUGCAUCUGAAGAAUUGGAGAAAACUCCAGAGAUCAAAAAGAGUGUACCGCUGGCUGCUGGACGCAUUACUCGAUCUGUGGCUGCAAACUCGGCCGCCAUGGCAUCCCCGUCAUUGUCGGUCCCAGAACAAACCAUGAGCACUCCAAACAAGAGAACAGUUGCAGGGAAGAAACAGACGUCCCAAUCAGGUCAGAGGUCACGUCAGAGUACCAAACGAAAAGCACCGGAUACUGUGGAUGAAAGCCCCACAAAGAGGCACUCUCCUCCCAAAAAAAGUCAAAGUGCAAUGAGACCCAACAUGAGAUCUUUCCUCCACACUGUGCAGAAGAAUCAGAUGCUAAUGAUGACUCCAAAUUCUCUCGGCCGGACUGCUGUUAUCAAGUCCUUUAUCAAACACAACACUCCUCUGAAAAUUGAUCCAAAGUUGAGUUCUGGUAUAGUGACAAAAGAGCGUUACAAACUGGAGGCACUUAAGAAGAAGCAGGAGCAAGAGGAGGAAAGAAUGAAGAAAAUGGAGGAAGAGAAGAAAAAGAAACAGGAUGAACUUAAAAGGAAGAGGGAUGAGAGGCUGAGAAGAGUGUUUGAGGCCAAAGUAAAAGAAGAGCAGAGGGAGGAGGAAAAGAAAAAGAAGAUUGAGCAAAAAAUGGCUCAGAUUGAUGAGAAAAACGAUAAGCGUAUGGACGAGAAGGCCAAGAAGAAGGUGGCGCUUAAACGUCAAGAGGAGCUGGAGCUGAAGAAGAAGUUGGAAGAAGAGGCUAAAAAGAAGAAGCAAGCGGAGGAAGAGAAGAGGCAGCAGGAGUUACUGGCCAAGAAGAAGGCUGAGGAGGAGGAACAGCGAGCUCGUAAGCUGGCUGAAGCUCGCCGAGCACUGGAGCUGAAGAGGGAGCAGGAGCUCGAGAGAGAGCGACUAGCUGCUGCUGAAAGGGAGCGGGUGGAAAAAGAAAAAGCCAUCGCCCUGCAGCGAGAACUGGAGAGAGCAGCGAGAGAGAAGGAGAGGAGAGAACUGGAGGAGAAAAGAAGGGCACUUGAGGAAAAAAGACGACAGCAGGAGGCACAGCUGAGAAAAGCUGCAGAAGAGAAGGCUGCUAAAGAGAGAGAAGCUGCAGAAGAGAGGGCUGCUAAAGAGAGAGAAGCUGCUGCUAAAAAGGCUGCUGAAGCAAAGGCCGCUGCUGCUCUGAAUGUAACUGUGGACAUUGAGCGCUCUGUAAUGAGCACGCCUGUAGGAAAAGGUGGUGGCCUCAAUGUGACUGUGGAUAUUGAGCAAUCCCCACAAUCAUACUCCAUCACUCCAAAGGGCGGCAACAGACCUAUUAUGCCCAAAAGUGCAGAGGAUUACGGGAUGGACCAAAACAGUGACGACUCUACUGAUGACGAAUCAGCCCCAAGGAAACCUAUCCCAUCCUGGGCGGAAGGUCACAAUCUGCAGCAGAUAAUAAUGAAGCAGUAUUUCAGCCCUCCUGAUUUAGACUCUUUCUUCGGAACAAUUGAACCACCAAAACUGGAAAACAUCUUUUACAAGAGCAAGCCUCGCUAUUUUAAACGCACCAGCUCUGCUGUGUGGCACUCUCCUCCGAUUGGAAGCAAGUAAAGUCUGUACACUGAUACAGAUACACAAUGCUGUAUAAAGUAUCAUUUUUGUUUUAAAGUCUUGUCCAAUAAAGUAACCUGUUUAAAUGUUUUUUUUCUGUUUAAGGUUUUGUCAUCGACAUUUUAGAAAUAUUCUUACUAGUAUGUAAAUUAUCAUGGCUUUAAGUGAUGCUUCACACUUGGACUUGAAACUGGUUGUAUAUUAUAAACCACUGGGAUGUGAACGUUUUUGCCGUUUCAGUAAAAACUUUCAUUGGUAACGUGUACCAACUGUAAAUGCUUGAAGUACAAUUCUUAUGUUUGGGAUUUAUUCAGGUGCAUUAAAAUGUUUGAAAAUA